UAUGGUAUAUUUGAACAUAAAAAAUAGAAAUCUGCUCAUUGCAUCAAAAAGUGAUGACGGAAGCACAAAGCAGUCGACAGAAGCAUGGCCACCAAAGAAGAAGCGGCCAAGCGGCCACUUAGUGAUGACGAGGAAGAGAAUGAGCCAGUAAUAACACGAAAACACCUAAAAGUGGAUAGCAGAAGUCGGAUGUGCCCAUAUUUGGAUACUAUUAACAGAUCUGUAUUAGACUUUGACUUUGAAAAACUAUGUUCAGUGUCCCUUUCCCAUUUGAAUGUUUACGCUUGUCUUGUAUGUGGCAAGUACUUUCAAGGCCGUGGGAUGAAGUCUCAUGCUUACACUCACAGUGUCCAAGAUGGUCAUCAUGUGUUUUUAAACUUGGAAACUCACAAGUUUUACUGUUUGCCAGACAAUUAUGAAAUCAUUGAUUCAUCACUAGAAGAUAUCAUUUAUGUAUUAAAUCCAACAUUCAAACCAGAUCAAAUUGUUGCUAUGGACACAACUUCUAAGAUGUCGAGAGCCUACGAUGGCACCACAUAUUUGCCAGGUAUUGUUGGACUAAAUAACAUAAAGGCCAAUGACUACUGCAAUGUGAUUUUACAAGCACUUUCUCACAUACCAUUGCUGAGGGAUUAUUUUUUAAGAGAAGAGAAUUAUAAGCAAAUAAAAAGACCACCAGGAGAUCAGAUGAUUUUCCUUGUGCAAAGAUUUGGAGAAUUGCUGAGAAAGUUAUGGAAUCCUAGGAAUUUCAAGGCGCAUGUUAGCCCCCACGAGAUGUUGCAGGCAGUAGUGCUAUGUAGUAAAAAGAGAUUUCAAAUCACUGAACAAGGUGAUCCACUCGAGUUUAUGUCUUGGUUCCUGAACUCUCUUCACCUUGCUCUAAAUGGUGGAAAGAAACUGAGUAGCAGCAUUGUCAACAAGACAUUUAGGGGGUGCAUGCGUGUUUAUACCAGAAAAGUACCAGCAGUUGACAUGAAAGAAGAAGAGAAACAACAGUUGCUUCUACAAGAGGAGUACCAAGAGAGAGUGGAAGAAUCUCAGUUCCUAUACCUGACCUGUGACCUCCCUCCCCCGCCUCUCUUCCCAGAUGAGCUUCAAGAAAACAUCAUACCACAGGUCCCACUGUUCAACAUUUUGUCGAAGUUUAAUGGGAUAACAGAAAAGGAAUACAAGACAUACAAGGAUUCUACAAUGAAAAGAUUUGAGCUGACCAAAUUGCCACCAUGCAUUAUAUUGUACAUAAAGGACUGA